AUGGACGGCGAAUUUAUCAUGCCCAUCGCGCCCCCACCGCCGGGGAUCGAUUCGAAUUUUGACAACCCGGACGACCUUUCUUGGCGCUUGGCGGUGACGAUCGGCGUCACCCUUCCGAUCGCGGGGAUCGUGUGUCUUCUUCGACUGUAUACCAGCCGCUUCAUUGUCGGACGGUGGCAUGUUGACGAUGUCCUCGUCGGGUGUGCACUGCUGUUGUCCAUCGGAUAUGCCAUUUCUAAUACACUUCAGGCCAAGUAUGCCCUCGGCCGUCACCUCUGGGAUGUACCGUAUGAAGAUGGUGUGACUGGCGCCAUGAUCGAGAUCACGGCUGGCGCAGUGACGUACAACCUCUCGCUCAUGAUGACCAAACUAUCCAUCCUAUGCUUCUACUUGCGGUUCCCCGCAUCUCGUUCCUUCAAGGUGGUGUGCUAUGCCAUCAUGGCCAUGGUCAUCGGUAACGCCCUAACCGCCGGGUUUUCCUUCUUAUACCUCUGCCGACCCAUCAGGAAGCAUUGGGACUGGGCUGUCGAGGGAAACUGCGUCGCCAGCUUCACCAUCCCCUUCUGGGUUGCCGCCAUCGUCAACAUGGUGACCGACGUCUUUAUUCUGCUCUUGCCCGUCUGGCUGCUCAAGCCGCUCCGACUUCCCCUGCCAAGCUCCUCAGUCGUGUGCGGAAUUACCAUUUACAGGGUCGUUGACAUCCCCAAGUCCCUCACGACGAUGGAUGUCACCUGGGACUACGUGGACAACUAUAUGUGGAUGUACGUCAUCUUAAAAUCCAAUUCCAUAACUGCCACUUGCAAGAAACCCUUGACUAACCUCCAACUCUAUAGGAUCAUCGAGAUCAACGUCGCAAUUAUUUGCGCCUGCCUGCCCUGUCUCAAGGCCUUCCUCUCGCACCACUUCCCCAACGCCUUCUUCUUCAGCGAGCGCACCCAAGGCACCGUCAACCAAGCCCUCUCCUUCCUUAACACCACCCCGCCAGCCGCCGCCCCGGUCCAGGAACUAGCGAGCCCGUGGCAACGCACCAGGGACAGCCUCCCUUCCGACAUCGAGACGGCAGACCAUCGAUCAGAUCGGACGGGCAAGUGGACGGGAAGCACGAGGCCAGAAACGGGCGACCAUGUAACCGAAGUGCCGAGAAGCUCGAGUUCUUUCACGCACGAAAAUAAGGAAGCGAAGAACGACUCGUCGACGACCGCUCCUGCUCAUAUCAGCUCGUAA